AUGGAGUUCUUCGCCAUCCUCGCCCUGGCCGCCACCGCCAUCGCCGCCGACGCCAACGCCAACACCAACAACAACGAGGCCCAGACCGCGCCCCAGGCCCAGGCCCAGGCCCAAGCUGCCGCCGCCGGCGUCGGCGCGAACGCGCAGGGCUGGUACCCUCCGUACCCCCCCUGCCGUCCCGGCAGCUACUCGUGCACCACCGACAACAGCGGCUGGCGCAUCUGCGACUACUCCGGCUCGUGGGUCUAUGGCGGUUCUUGCACUUACGGCACCCGCUGCGUCUACAACUACCAGAAUGGCAGCCCCUACUGCCUUCCCGCCUAA